AUGUCUUCCGAAUACCAAGGCCAGGACCCAAUCGACAUUGCAGAGCAAGCCGAAGCAGACCUCAAUACCCAGCAGGCCAAGGGUAACAUUACCGCCCAGAAGGCUGGGGUGAGUGAUAGCAGUAAGUCCACACCAUCACACCAAACCAAACGUAUACAAUCACUCACCAAGGUUUGCCAAAUCCUCACAGCCCGCGAAUCCGGCGUCGACGAAUCCGUCGUCGGCAAAUUUCCCGGCGCGGAGGUCCAAGUCGGCGGCCAGGGAGCGGGUGACAACCGCACCAUCCCGCUUGAAGAGGGGGGAGAUAUCACCGCGACGGGAAAGUAAGUCCUCUCACCUCACCACCUGCUACAUACAUACAUACAUACAUACAUACAUACAUACACACAAUUCCUCUCUUCCUCACCACUCCGGAGAACGGACUGACUGACUGACUGACCUCGUGUGCGAUCUUAGGCCGACCAAAGCCCGCGACUUCGAAGGCGUAGGCGGUCCGGAAGACAAGGCCCGGCUCGCGGCCGAGGACCGACCCGGCGACGACGACAUCCGCGAGAAUAUUCGACAGGGAGGGGAGACGAUUCGACCUCCGGGUCAGGUCCCGAAUGCUUCGCAGGGCGGUACGGGUGGAAGGACCGAGUGA